CCACCCCCACCGGUGAUAGAAACCCACAAUGCGAUCAAAGAAAAUGAGAGCCAGAAUUCGGAUUCUGGGGGAGUUGAAUCCCGGCAAGAAGGUAAAAUUUUUAUUGGGAAUUUACCCAAUUGGAUAAAGAAGAACGAGGUGGCCGAGUUUUUCCGGCAGUUCGGGCCGAUAAAGAGCGUGAUUCUGAUAAAGGGUCACGGCGAAACGGAGAGAAAUGCGGGUUUCGGGUUCGUGAUAUAUGGGGGUACUGAUGUUAUGGCGGCCAAGUCGGCCAUGAAGGCCGUGGAGUUUGAUGGGGUGGAGUUUCAUGGGAGGGUGUUGACUGUGAGGUUGGAUGAUGGGAGGAGAUUGAAGGUGAAAUCGGAAGAGAGGGCGCGGUACUUGGAGGGUUUCGACGGGGUAGAGUAUCGGUCCAAGUGGCACGAGGAGAGGGAGAGCUCACGGAGGAGCUUCCGGGAGGUUCUGGAUUCUGAGCCGGAGAAUUGGCAGGCGGUCGUGCAGUCCUUUGAGAGAGUUAAGAAGCCUUCUAGAAGAGAGUAUGGGUUGAUGGUGACUUAUUAUGCAAGGCGUGGGGAUAUGUAUCGUGCGCGUGAAACAUUUGAGAGCAUGCGAGCGAGAGGAAUAGAGCCAACUUCACACGUCUACACGAGCCUUAUUCAUGCUUAUGCAGUUGGUAGAGACAUGGAAGAAGCAUUAUCUUGUGUCAGGAAAAUGAAGGAUGAGGGCAUCGAAAUGACUCUGGUGACUUACAGUAUUAUUGUUGGGGGAUUUGCAAAAAUUGGCAAUGCUGAAGCUGCAGAUCACUGGUUUGAGGAGGCCAAAGAGAGACAUACAAGUCUGAAUGCAAUCAUUUAUGGAAAUAUUAUAUAUGCUCACUGCCAAACUUGCAAUAUGGAUCGAGCUGAGGCAUUGGUGAGGGAGAUGGAAGAAUCGGGUAUUGAUGCACCUAUUGAUAUAUAUCAUACCAUGAUGGAUGGUUAUACAAUAAGUGGCAAUGAAAAUAAAUGUCUGGUUGUGUUUGACCGACUCAAGGAAUGUGGCUUUACACCUUCAGUUAUCAGUUACGGAUGUCUCAUCAAUCUUUACACUAAGAUUGGGAAAGUUUCUAAAGCCCUGGAGGUUAGCAAAAUGAUGGAAUCAGCUGGCAUAAAACAUAAUAUGAAGACCUACUCCAUGUUGAUUAAUGGAUUUUUAAAGCUAAAAGAUUGGGCUAAUGCAUUUGCAAUUUUUGAAGAUCUGGUUAAGGAUGGUCUGAAACUUGAUGUAGUGCUCUACAAUAACAUCAUUAGAGCAUUCUGUGGGAUGGGUAACAUGGAUCGUGCCAUCCGUACUGUCAGGGAGAUGCAGAAGGAGAGGCAUAGGCCUACCACCCGUACAUUUAUGCCCAUCAUUCAUGGUUUCGCAAGAGCAGGAGAAAUGAGGAAAGCCCUGGAAGUGUUUGAUAUGAUGAGGAUGAGUGGAUGCAUUCCGACCGUGCAUACUUUCAAUGCUCUGAUACUUGGCCUUGUUGAGAAGCGUCAGUUGGAGAAGGCUGUUGAAAUAUUAGAUGAGAUGGCACUAGCAGGCGUACGUCCAAAUGAGCAUACAUACACAAAUAUCAUGCAUGGUUAUGCAUCAUUGGGAGAUACUGGAAAAGCAUUCGAGUAUUUUACUAAAUUGAGGAAUGAAGGGUUGGAGCUUGACGUUUAUACAUAUGAGGCAUUGCUGAAGGCAUGUUGCAAGUCAGGCAGAAUGCAGAGUGCUUUAGCAGUAACAAAAGAAAUGAGUGCUCAAAAGAUUCCGAAAAACACCUUUGUGUACAACAUAUUAAUUGAUGGAUGGGCUCGAAGAGGUGAUGUUUGGGAGGCUGCAGAUCUGAUGCAACAAAUGAAACGGGAAGGGGUUCAACCUGAUAUCCAUACUUACACAUCGUUCGUAAAUGCUUGUUGCAAGGCUGGAGACAUGCAGAGAGCUAUGCAAACAAUUAAGGAAAUGGAAGCUUUAGGGGUGAAGCCAAAUCUUAAAACCUACACCACAUUAAUACAUGGUUGGGCACGUGCUUCUCUUCCAGAGAAGGCUUUGAGAUGCUUCGAGCAGAUGAAGUCGGCUGGAUUGAAGCCGGACAAAGCUGUAUAUCAUUGCCUGAUGACAUCUCUGCUGUCAAGGGCUACUGUUGCUGAAGCUUACAUUUAUUCUGGAGUUUUAUCUAUUUGUAGAGAGAUGGUAGAAUGCGGGUUGACUUUUGAUAUGGGGACAGCGGUUCACUGGUCGAAGUGCUUACGCAAGAUUGAGAGGACAGGUGGGGAGCUUACAGAAGCCUUGCAGAAGACCUUUCCUCCUGAUUGGAACUCGCGGCAUACUUCAGAUGUUAAUUCCAAUAUAGACACCGAUGAUGAAUCCGACAAUAGUGACGACGACAACGUGUAUUUCACUGGUAGAACUGACAGUGAUGAGGAUCAUUAUGAUGUUGAUGAUGAUUUGAGGCACAGAUCAUGGAUUUAAACCAUGUAGUUGAAGUUGUAGACAAUGCAUCUCAUGCCUAGUGCACGCCUAAGAUGAUACAAUUGAUUGGUGUAGUUAGAUCUGCUGUGAAAGCAUUUUGAGUGAUCAAGGAUGCCUUAACCCCUAUUUCCAUGUUUGUUUGUACAUAACAAUUGAUUUUUGGUCUCUAAUUGAUUCCAAUACAAACAACUCACCCUUGGAAUGUAUCAAACAAUUCAAAGUUUCAUUGAAAAUUUUCUGUGUAACUUUCAUCUAAGAAAAUUUGUUUGUGUUGGGACAUUUUA